AUGGCGACGUCUUGGGAUGUGCACGUCAGGAUCUGUGCGCAGGAAAUCAUUAAAUAUGAUCUGGAGAUUAAAGCAUUGGUGCAGGAUAUCAGGGACAGUCCUGGACCCUUGAGUCUACUCACAGAAUUAAAUGCCAAAGUGAAAGAAAUGUUUCACCAACUCAGACUUCGAAUACAGGAUUUGGAACAGAUGGCAAAGGAACAAGACAAAGAAUCUGAUAAGCAGAUGUUGCUGGCUGAAGUGGAGAAUCAUCACAAACAGAUGUUAAGCAACCAAACUGCUUGGCGAAAAGCAAAUCUGGCCUGCAAGCUCGCCAUAGACAAUUAUGAAAAAGAUGAAUUACUUCAAAGUGGAGAUUCUUCAGUUCGACAACGAAAGAUGACAAAGGAAGGCUUGGUACAGACAGCAAGCAGCAUUACUGAGAGCUUGAUGACAAUCAGCAGGAUGAUGUCACAACAAGUGCAGCAGAGUGAAGAAUCAGUGCAGACACUGGCAACAUCCUCAAGAACUGUUCAGGAGACAAAUGAAGAAUUUAAAAACAUGACUGGCACAAUUCAACUGGGUCGCAAGCUGAUCACAAAAUACAAUCGCAGAGAGUUGACUGACAAGCUGCUAAUUUUCCUUGCAUUGGCUUUGUUUUUGGCAACUGUUGUAUACAUUUUAAAGAAACGCCUUUUUCCUUUUUUAUAAAAUUGGAGCAAAAAAGCAGAAAUCAAAUGGACAUUGAAAUUGAGAAUGUUGUAUAUUUAAGUAUUAAGGAAGAUAAAAAAGUUCAAGUUUUGUAUUUGCAUCUGAAUUGAAAUGGAAGCAGAUUAAAAGAGCUUUCUAAGUAAUGUCUUAAAACAUUCAUUAAAAUUUCAAAUUGGAAAUUAAAUGGAUAUUUAAAAAGUUAAGCAUUGUUUCCAAGUUUAAUCACUUUCUGAUGGUAAUUGUUGGUUGCUGCUAUGUAUUGUGCACUGCUUCUCAAAUCUGGUUCCCUUGACUUCAGUGGAACUGAGUUUUGGAAUGCUAUAUGGGGCAUAUUGUGCUUCUGACCAUGCCUGGUUGUCCAGGGCCCUGUGGUUUUCAUGUCUUUAUCUAGGAAAUGCUGCCAAAUUGACAGAAGAGAUGGUACUAUUUAUAUUGUGGCAACAAUGUAAAGACUAACACUUGUAAGACACAAUUGUUUUGUUCAUAUCUAUUCUAUAAUAUGUAUCAUUGAGGCAGCUGAAUUUGCUUGAAUUCCAAAAAAUGCUCUGCAUUUGCAAUGAAAUAUUACCACACGACUACUCUUUUAAAACUAUGAAGAGAGUGUAGUGUUCAAGAAUUUAUCAUCCAUGCAAACACUAAUGUUUCUUAAUGGGACCAAUUAUUUACCUUCAUUAUGGUUCAUAUAUUAAUAAAUAUAAAUGUUCUAAAUUGUUAAUAUUUAAUACAAAUAUUUGGGCCUUAUUAUAAAUAAUAUUUGGUUAUCGUUCAGAAUGUUUGCAUGCUUAAGCAUUUGAAAAAGAUUCCUUUGAAGAUAUUUAAAUUUGUAGACAAUUAAUUUUAUUUAGCCUGUACAUAUGG